AUUUGUCUUUUAUGGUAAGAUUAGAGGAGGACGAAUGCGGGAGAGUGAAAUUGCAAGCAGUAAAUGGUACAUUAGAAGAAACAUUUUACAGCCAGGAUAUCAAACAGUACUUAUGGAUCGAAUUUUGCUUCAACAAGGUUGACGGUGACCUGUGUCAGGGAGGACGUUUCAUUGACCUUUUCGUGAAGGGAAGUCGACUGAUCGACAGAGAAGAAGGUCGUGUUGCUGAUCUGACAUCUCUCCCCUGGGAACUCAUUUCCACCGACCUAAAGAACAUCUUUGGUGCAGAGUUUUCAGACCCGGCCACGCGAUAUGUUUUUAUAGGCAAAGACUGUGAGGUAUAAAAGCUGGAGAUGACAUCAUACAAUAUGAUAAACAAGAUCAUCAAGGAAAGGCGGCGUUCAGUGAACGUAGCAUGUCAUACUAAUGCAUGUGAUAUGAUCAAAGACAAAUUACUUUUAAUAAUAUGAUCCAAUGUCGUUCCUUGUAAUAUAGUUUUUCAAAAGUUGUAUAAUGAUAGAAAACAAACUUAUGAUUGUAACCUAUUUACACUUAGGACACAAUGUAAUUUUUCAUCUUAUAUUCCUUAUGAUACAUGGGGCGUUAACUGGUUUUACGUGACAUCAACCACUGAUGGUUGGUUAUUACGAGACACAGCAGAUAAAAACAGCUAUCGACAAACUUAGUAAUUGUUGAUGAUUUUUGUUAGAAAGUAUUAUUGCAAAUUAAAACACUUUAAUGUUGUGUAUUC